AUGCCUGACGAUAAAGAAGCACCAGUAUACACAGCGGAAAAGAUUCUACUUAAACGAAUACGAAAAGGAAAAACUGAAUAUUUAAUUAAAUGGAAAGGAUGGGCUGCUAAAUGGAAUACUUGGGAACCCGAGAAGCAUAUUUUAGAUAAGUUACUUAUUGCGGACUUUAAUAACAGAAAUCGGAAACGUCAAAAAAGUAAAUCUGUAGUUCGCAAUAGUGUAAAUAAGCGUGAUGCACCAAUAAAAAGCCGUUCAAAAAGUACAGUUCGAACACUGCGCCUGCGUAGUUCAACAUUAUCAGAUGUAUCCACAUCAGCAAUUGUUUCUCCGACAACAAAUGAUGAAAAUAAUGACGAUGAGGAAGCUAUAGAAAAGAAAAAGUUUGAUAACGAUCGAGUUGAAGUAUAUACACUUCGAUCCAAUCGAACAGAAAAAAUUGAAAAAAAUCAAACAGAUCUAUCUGAUUCAUCGAAAGAAUCUGAUCAAGAUGAAGACCUACAAGAAGAAAAAAAGUCAAUUGCUGCUGAAACAUCAAAACUAGAUGAAUCUCUAAGAGAAUUUUUAUGGCAGCCAACUAAAAUCUUAACAUCAACAACAACAAUAACUGAAGUGACUGAUCAAAAUGGUGUAACAGUUUUAAUUCGAGAGCUCAAUGAUAUUCCAGCAUCAAAUAUUAUUAGUAGAUCAUCACGUUUUCUUGGCUAUGGACAUGGAGGUCGUGGGGGAAGACACUGA